AUGCGAGCCGGGUACGCCUGGACUCGGCAGGUUGAGCAGAUGUUGGCGCUUGUGCUUGGAACAAAUGACCAUAAUCUCUCGAAAGGUUUCCUGCCGUUGGAACAGCACCGGAUGCUUGAGGUUCUCGGCGGUAUCGAGAUGGAUGCGUGGAUAGUUGGCCGGCAGUCGAAACCAAUGCACAUAUGGGCUACGUAUUGCCGUGGGCGCCAGGGUAUAGAGCCUGUCACGGGACUCCCGCGACCGCUCAUAGACCUCAUAUCGCAAGUGGGACGACACGAGGAUGUGAAAGAGGAGCUGGGGCUCUUUAUCGCAGCGUUGCCAAACAUACGUUCCCCUGCCGUUAAGCACUGGCACUGCUUUGCUGUCGCCUCUUUGUUGACAUUGCAACAGUCGCGAAAAAAAAGCCUCACGUCACACGACGUGCAAGUGAUUCGAGAGAUGGAAAACGAGCUUGCAAAUCUUAUACGGGAGUUGUACUCGGAUCUGGGGCCUAUCAACGCCUCCGCACUGGCUUGGCCUUCGUUCUGUUUAGGCCGACAGUCGCGAUCCCGGAAGAACCUUGAGUUGGUAGAAGAAGUAUUAGGGCGCGCGGUUCCAAGGGUAGGUACUAGUGGGUCUUGGGGCCACGGAGGUACGCCCAUAGGCGCUAUGUACAGACAGUGGCGAUCGGAUGGGGUGGAUUUUCCCCCGCCUCGGGGACCAGGUCCAUGUCUACAGAGGGGAUUGGAAUUGGUGGAUCAGUCGUUCGAAGUAGGCCUCUGGUAG